UCUCCAUGGCUCAAGGCGGGGCUGGGGCGGGUGGCAGCGGCCCCUCCUCGCCUCCUUCCCGGCCGGCGGUGUGGGGCCGGGAGGGGCCUUCCCUCAGCGCCCUCAGAGCGCCGUGACGUGAGGCGCGGGGUGGGGAGCCGCGAGAUGGCACUCCCAGGCUCAAUCAGUACUUGUCUUUCUCCACCUGUGCAUUACAUGAUUUGCAAACUUGGAUUUGAGAAAAAAGACAUCUACGAUAUUAAUAAUGUUGUGUCUGAAAAUGGAGAAGUACACUGGCAAGCUGUUACAGAGCAUUUGCAUUACCUUGAAUCAGAUCAAAGUCUGGAUUAUGUCAAAAGUGUACAAUCACUCGGACCUGUAUGUGAAUCUGUUAAUUCGCACUUCAAAUCUCUGACCAAGGAGCAAUUUGUAGUUCAGUAUGCAGUAUGGUUCCGCUGGACAAACUACAUGGAGUUAUUUCUUGAAGUAUUUGAUGUUCUACAAUAUGCACAAGCUACACAAGUUGCUCUUGGCUUAAUGAAGCUAACAUCAUGCCUGGAGAGAGCUUUGGGUGAUGUAUAUUUACUGAUUGAUAAAGAUUGUCCCUUCCUUCUAAGAGAUUUGCUUGCUUCUGAGCAGCUUGCAGUUGUUUUUGGACAAGAUGUAAUGGAUGUACUAAGCGUAUUCAUUGGAUCACCAUAUGGUCUGAAUCUUCGUAAUGUUUUGUGGCAUGGGUUUGCAUCCCCACAAGAAAUUCCUGCAAAAUAUUGUGCUAUGCUGCUUUUUUUAACUGCAGGAUUGGGUCAGUUAUUACAGACAUAUCUUCUGAAAACUAAAUAUAUUUUAGUACAUCGACCUUAUGUGACCAUCAUUAGCUUAGAGGAGCUUGUUGCAUUUCCAGAUCUUAAUCAUGAAACACUUUGUGUAGCAGAAGAGCUAGUACAAGUGUCUGAUUUUGUAUUUAAAUCAAUGCUACCAUUUUGGAUGGCUGCUUUAACAGCUUUCAAGCAAAGCAGGUAUGCUGACUGUGUGAUUCUCUUACUUCCUCAGCUGGAAGUUGGGCUCAGAUUGCUCUUCACUACAACUAAUAAAUGUCCAAAUCGACUGCUAACAGCUGAGGCUUCAGCUCUCUACACUACUUUUGAUGAGAUGCUAAAAAAGCAUUUGGAUGAUGAAAAAAUCAACCAGCUUCCUUCAGUUCUUGAAGAACCUGCCAUGGAAUUCCUUUGGGAUUUCUUGAACCACCAGGAGGGUCCACGUAUAAGAGAUCAUUUAAGCCAUGGGGAGAUCAAUCUGAAAACAUUUCCUAGAGAAUUGGCCAAUCAGAUAGUUGCAUUUGCAAUUACACUUCUCUGUAGAUUUUCAGAUGAAGACAUGGUUGCUUUUAAGGAACACAAGAUCAUAAAACCACUGAUGACUUGUGCAAGUUGCUACCGUUCUCGAUUUCAUCCAAUUUCCCUACUUAAGAAACAGGUGCUGGAAUGUAUGAAGAGCAUUCACUUAUGGCCUGAAUUACCAACAGCAUCUGAAGAACAUGUUCAAGCAGUUGAAGGGUUAGAAGGAAAUACUGAAACUAGUUCUUUAAUUUUGAAGAUGGCUGAAAUCCUCUCUCAAUUACAGCAAUAUUUGCCCCAGGAUUGCUGUAGCCCAGAUGAUCCUUUCAGUAGUGUUGUAACAGAGAGGCUGUUGGUAAAACUUUGUGAUAAACACAUUUGCACACUCUAUUCUCCACGACCUGUUCUGGAAGUAUUAGUGGUACUCCGUAAAAUAUGCGCACAGUGCCAUCAAGUGUCAGAACAAGUUAUUGCCAGCAUUGAGUUGAGAUAUAAACAGUGGAUGAAAAAGACUCUACGUUCUCGCCAAAGGCAUAACUAUCUACGAAUGUUAAACAGUGUUAAGUUUUUGUCUCCGGCGUUGCGGCUCAUCUUACUGUUAAUUACUCUGGAAGUAGUCAAUGUCCAUUUGGUUUGUAAGAAGACUCCUUUCGAUUAUCAGCAGUAUCUAAAGUUUUUGAAGUCAGUCUUGCAGUAUACUGAGAACUUGGUGACAUACACAAGCCCAGAGAAAAACAAGUGGGAUGAAACCAAAGAGCUUACAAAUAAGGCUUUGAUAAAAAUAAGGAAAUUCAGUGACAGAAAGCUAACAUUAAUUCAGUCAGCUACAUAAAUUAAAUAGUUUUAAGGUUAUUAGAUUAUUGUUAUAUCUUAAGAGUUCUGAAGUCCUCAAACUUGGCGAGUCUAAGGUUUAAAAGCAAACUUCAUCAGUCACUGUAAAAUUCUGGAUACAAAAUGUAUUGUUUUUAAAAGAAGGCUUUUGAGACUGGAGUUGAAUGAUCAAGCUCGUUCUGAAGAACGAGCUUUUUGCCAAAUCCAUUGAAAAGGAUUGACUGCAAGCCUAUUCAGGAUGAUGGAAGUUCUACUUUAAGCAUAUUAUGUUUUAUAGCUUGAUUUUUUUUUUUUUUAAUAAAAAGUUUUUAUACUGAAAACAUCUAAGAAAAGAGCGUGAAUAAAAGCUUUGGAAAAAAAAAUCCUAAAGAUUUAUUGUAUAUGUUGAUGAAAUACACUGGAAAUAGUCUUAAAUACUGUGAUCAACAGAUUAAGAAACAAUGAAUAGUACAACAUUUAGGGUAAAGUAAUGCUCAUUGACAGCUAUAAUUGUUUUUAUUAGUUCAAAACAGCCAGGUCAUGCACGAUGUGUGUCAUUUAUUUAAUUUAUCUGCUCAUUCCCAAUACAUAUCUAGUUAGUAAGGUAACUUCAUGUAAAUUAAAUAUGAUCUCUAAAGUGUGCACAAUCACAGACAUGUAUUUACUAUGGUUCAAAAAGUUAUCUUUGUGUUGCAUGCAAGAUUCUUUUGAAUAUAUUUUUUU